AUGACUGAUAUGAAUUCUUCCAAUGAUAUGCCUAUGAAUCAACACGAUGAAAAAUUACAAAAGCAAAUGAAAUAUCGAGCGAUGUUCGAUUAUUCAGUGACUCAGCCAAUUCAUGAACAAAAACCAGAGUGGUCUUCGAAACGACUCGCUAAACUUCAAGAAAGACGACCCAUCAAAGUUCCAAUAUUUAUGUUUGUAAAUCCUGCACAUACAAUGAACUGUGGCAACAUCAAUAAUAUGACCCAAUUCCAACCUAAAUGA